AUGGCCGAUAUCGAUGAUUAUCUCGAAGAGGGCUUUGACCCGCGCUCUGUCACUGUACCACGCCUUCGAUCAAUUCUUGUUACACACAAUGUCGAGUACCCUGCCACUGCGAAAAAGUCCCAGCUUGUCGACCUGGUUGAGGAACAUGUCCUUCCACAAGCCCCUAAGCUCCGAGCUCAACGCGCUCGCGCUAAGAGGUCCAGCAUGGGUAUCGUGAACGCUGGCAGUGCUGAAGAUAACGGCCUUUGGGACGAUUAUGAUCUGGCCCCUCCCUCAACAAUCAAGAAGCGAUCAAAGUCUCCUCGCAAAACAUCAGGCCGCAUUAAGACUGAGCAUGAUGUUCUUGCGACUCCUGCGCCUAGAAGCCCCACAAAGCGCAGCACCCGAUCAGUAAGCCGCGCGCUUUCGCAUACUGACGAACCCGAUUAUUAUGAGGCGCCUCGCUCCGUACGUCAGCCACGUAGGGACAUAACGCCACAGAUCAAGCAAGAAUCAUCUGAAGAGGAGGAGGAGGAGGAAGAAGAAGAAGAGGAAGAAGCAGUACAGGAAGAAACAAUACUACCCGACCACGAAGAAAGUGUUUUCACAUACGACAACCCUUUCCAAAGUGGAAGUUCUCCAGCUCAGCACAAAACGCCAACCAACCGCCGCCGCACAGCUGAUAGAGAUUCUAUCAGAAGUGCCAAGUCAUCAUCGCGUCUUCGAACAAGCACCUACAAUGACAACUAUCAGCAGAUUCACGACCCUCAAACCCCUAUAUAUCGCCAGCCAACUCCAGAUGUAGUUGAAGCUGGUGAGGAGUUCACUCCCAACGAGCAAUUGGAGCUCGAGGAAGCUGCAAGCCGAGGUGAGAUGGCUGCCGAGACACGUAAGCCUGCGAGCCAAGUUUCACGAAAAGGUGGCUUCAAGGCCCCUCUCGUGGUCCUUUUCCUAUCUCUUUUCGGAGCAUACCUUGCUUGGUAUCGCCAGGAGAAGAUUGCUGUGGGCUACUGCGAGGUUGGUGGACAAGCAAAAUCGCUUAUCUCGCCGGAUAUUCCUAUUCCAGACGCUCUUUUGCCUUUUGUUGAGCCUCAGUGCGAACCUUGCCCCUCCCACGCCUAUUGCUAUGGAGACUAUUCAGUUCGUUGUGAGAAUGGCUUCCUUCUCAAGCCCCAUCCUUUGUCCCUUGGUGGUCUGGUUCCCGUCCCACCCACUUGUGAGCCAGAUGGCGAAAAGGCGAGACGCGUCAAGGCUGUAGCCGACAAGGCCAUUGAAGAACUCAGAGAACGACGAGCCCAAUAUGAGUGCGGAGAGCUUGUUACCGAGGAUGGUCAGAAGCAAGACUCCCCUGCCAUUGCUGAACAUGAACUUAAGCAGACUGUCAGCCGCAAGCGCUCUCAAAGACUUAGUGAGGAGGAAUUUGAAGAGCUUUGGGCUGAGGCCAUUGGCGAGGUUGCGACUAGAGAGGAGGUUGAAAUCAUCGGAACAGCACCAUCGUCCGAUUCCUCCGAUCUUCCAGAUCGACAGCUAUCGUCCACGUCUCUCGCUCGCCUUCCGCUCACCUGCGCGCUCAAGCGAUCGGUCCGACUCAGCCUGGCAAGAUAUCGACUCACAAUUGGACUUUUAAUCUCUGCCGUCUUGGGCAUCUUCUACAUGCGGGCCCGGUACCGUAAGCAUGUAGCUACAAAGGCUCAAAUUCCUGCUUUGGUCGACACCGUUCUAGAAAGACUUGCCAACCAGAAGGAGCUCGGCGAAGAGGGUAUUGACGACCCUUGGCUGUUUUUGCCAAACUUGAGAGAUGACGUUCUUCGAACUAUUCACUCAUUGUCAGAACGAGAACGCAUCUGGCAACGAGUCCGAGCUGUAGUCGAGCAAAACAGCAAUGUUCGAACUAGUCAACGUGAGGGGAGAAGCGGCGAGGUUGGCCGUGCUUGGGAAUGGAUUGGCCCUGUCGCUGGCGAAGGGGCGAGAAGGCGACGAACUGGCCGGGUAUCCCUUGGUCCCGAUUUACAUACAGACUCUCCAGAGACUUCAAAGGCCACGCCCGAGGUGAAGAAAUGGGAAGAGUCAAGGCCCCUUUACUAA